UACAAGCGGUUGACGUCAACAACCCUCAUCGAAUAUUCAAAAAUAAUUACAAUAAUGCAAAGAAAGGAUAGGCUGGAGCUUGACAGCCCGCGGUGCCGCUUUGUGGACAACGAUUCCGAUUGCUAGGGCGGAGGGACAUGCAUCUUGCCAUUAUAUCCACACUAUUUGGUAUCUCGUCAUUAUAUCCAAAUCUCUGCCCAGACAGAAUCAUUGGCAGGUCGGGCUCGAAACAUAAUACACUUCCGGUUGCAUAAAAAAUUGCAGCUACCGACACAGCUGGAGUGGGGGAGGCCUUCCUCAAGUGAAAGCGAGCUACUGGGGGAAAUGGGUGACGUUUGAUCGGGAAAAGGUUGUCUACAAACUGGUAAGCCAUAUCCAAGAGAUGGAUGACGGCAGCGCCUACAUAGAGUUUGACGUGCCAGAGUUCAGCAACACCGUCCUCAACCAGCUCAACGACUUGCGUCUGCAGGGGAAGCUAUGUGACAUUAUCGUUCACAUCCAGGGCCAACCGUUCCGGGCCCACAAGGCCGUGCUGGCGGCCAGCUCACCGUACUUCCGCGACCACUCAGCCCUGGGAACCAUGAGCGGCCUGUCCAUCUCCGUCAUCAAGAACCCUGAUGUGUUUGAGCAGCUGCUGGCCUUCUGCUACACUGGCCGCAUGUCCCUGCAGCUCAAAGAUGUCAUCAGCUUCCUCACAGCAGCCAGCUUCUUGCAGAUGCAGGCAGUCAUUGACAAGUGCACCCAGAUCCUGGAGGGAAUCCACUCCAAGAUCAGCAGCGCCACCAGCCCAGACGAGGGCUCCCAGGCCAGCCGCAACGGUGUUAAAGACAGCAGCCUCUUCAUCAACCCCACACAGAUCUCCCCCCCUUACUACUCCAGACACAGCAUAGAGGCCCGCUCUGAGCUAGCAGCAGGGAAAGGCCAUGGCAGGGCGCGGCACCAGGAGGAGGGCCAGUCAGACCGCGGCAGCAGUGACGGUGUGUCAGAGCAGGAGGCAGCCACGGAGGGAGAGACUGAGCAGGUGGAGCUGAUUGGGAAGGACGGCCAGGUGACAGACGUGCAUGUGAAGCUGGAAAAGACGGACCGGCCCAGCUACUCCGACAGCUCCUCGGCAGGCGACGAUGGCUACCACACAGAGCUGGUGGAUGGAGAGCAGGUGCUGGCUGUCAGUGUGGGCUCCUAUGGUCCUGUCAUCCAGGCAGCUGGCUACACUUACUCAGGCCUGUCAUCUCCCUGCUUCGUGAGCCUCAGCAGCUCCAGCCCCUCCCGCUCCAUGCUCAGUGGCUUCAGGGGCGGCCGGGCCAGAGCCAAGCGCCCCCCUGUAGCCGUCCCAGCAGAGGUCCUGAGUCAGAUCAAACCAGGAAACGCAGAGGACAGCAGCGAAGCCGUGUUGGGUCAAGCAGGCUUUGAGAAUGACGUCCAGGAACGGAGCCUGCGCAGCCAGUGGUACCCCUACAACGAGAGGCUCCUCUGCAUCUACUGCGGCAAGUCCUUCAAUCAGAAGGGCAGCCUGGACCGCCACAUGCGCCUGCACAUGGGAAUCACACCCUUCGUCUGCAAGUUCUGCGGCAAGAAGUACACUCGCAAGGACCAGCUGGAGUACCACAUCCGCGGCCACACGGACAACAAGCCCUUCCACUGUCAGAUCUGUGGCAAGUGCUUCCCUUUCCAGGGAACCCUCAACCAGCACUUGAGGAAGAAGCACUUGGGGGCCACAGAGGGCACCAAUCAAAUGGACUCUCCAGAGAGAACGGAGAGGAGCUCCGGUCAGAAAGACCCAGAGGAUGCCUCUGAGGGGAUGGCCUUUGAGACGCAGUAUGUUGAGGAGGCUCCGGCCACUGACAUGGAGGAGAGCUCAAAGUGUAGCCCUGAGGAAGCCCAGGCAUCCAGGUGUGAUUUUUAGGCCCCUGUUCUGGUUGAGGAAGCUUUAACAUGUUUUGUUUUUGUUGUUUUUUUAUGUUUAGAAUUUAUUUUGGAAGCGGCUCCUUCAAAUGUUGAAUCUACCUUGUUCUUCCAGGUUUUCUGCCUGUCCAUUUUUAGUGAAAGUAGAAACAUAGAAGAAGAAAAGGGUGCUUUUUAAAAAUAGAUUAUUUCAAAAGGAAGGAGAAUCAACUUGCUAUUGAUAAGGUGGCCUCAAUAAUCAAGGCCUCCUUCUUGUUUUUGUUUUCUCUUUAAUCUUUCCAUGUUUUUAAAACAUAUUUACAGAGUAAUAUAGGCAUGUUGCAAUAAUUGAUAAUAUGAAAGCUCUGCUGCUUGUCACAAGUUUUUACCUGACCUGUUUUUGCACAUGUGGCCAAAGGUGGUCACUUUACUCACAAGGAAUUAUUUUUCUGCAAGUGCAAAGCUUCAUGUGACAUAUCUGUUCAAUACCUCAUGAUACAACUACAUACUCAUAACAGACAGUAUUUUAUGAAACUCCACCAGGUUCUACCUCAUAGCUAAGAACCUAACAGGAACAGAAGUGUUUUCCGUUUAAAAAAACAAACAGUUUUGUUUUAGGGUCUAUGUGUUAUAUUUGCCAAACUCUAAGAAGAACAAUCCUCAGUCUCAACACAAAGCCUUGAUACUGUAGACUAAUGUUCCUUGCUGGUUGUAUGAACUCUGGACCUUGUCCAUCAGUUCAUGGUUAACAAGGAUGUAAUGUGGUCGAAGAAAGGAUUUGCUAUAUUUAAGCAAUAAGACCCGGGGAGGUGUGGUAUAAGGUCCAUAUACCACAGUUAAGUGCUCUUCUUACGCACAACGCAACACGGAGUAUAUUGGCCAAAUACCACAAACCCUUGAGGUGCCUUGUUGCUAUGAUAAACUGCUUACCAAUGUAAUUAGAACAUUUAAAAAAUAUUUUAGGUGUCAUACCCAUGGUAUACGGUCUGAUAUACCAUAGCUUUUAGCAAAUCAGCAUUCAGGGCUCAAACCACCCACUUUAUAAUGGUGUAUAAGAAAUAUUAAGUAUGUUGUGUGUUUGCAUUGAGCAAGCUCAAGGACAGUGGAUAGAGUACAAUAAUAGAACACAAUACAUUACAUGAUUUCCACUGUCUCUAUAGCCAAUAUCUAGUUUGCUUUUCAGAACACACAGGAGCAGAUUCCACUUAUCUGUCACUUUUUUUACCCAGUGAAGGUCACAUGCAGUUGGCCAUGGUGUGUUUUACAGAUGUGAUUCUAUCUAUUAAUCGACAUGGGAUCAAUGAUUGAGCCUGACACAGUGAAAUCAUUGGAGUGUCUUCCAUUCUGAUGGUGUUUAGUUAAUUAUUCUCAACCUGUUUAUGUGAAACUGUUUUUUUAUCUGUGUGGAGAUGAUGCUCAGUGCAGAGUUCCCCUCAUUAGCUUGGCUUGGCACAGCAGGCGCAGCGCUGCCCUGGAUCUGUGCAUGGAAUCAAUAUGCUCACAGUAUGCAAACAGGGAGAAGGGAAUAUCCGCCAUCUUGUCAUGGCAGUUUUUGUUCACUCCAUUUCAUGAGAACUCUUGUUCUGCUCUUUUGUUUUAAUUUACUGUUUCUGCCCUUUCCUGAUCAGACACAACUGUUGAGAUGAGGGGAUAAAAUGGGAAAGCGUGUAGUCUCAUUGAUGCUUCAUUAGAAAUUAAGAGUUUGAUGGACAGAUGGUAGAGGGUUGUGAGAUGAGGUUGUGAACCAAAGUAAUGGUGCUCUUUUUGUGAGUAAAAUAGUGGCAGUUGAAGUUAAGAGCUGACCAUCAGUUUAUUGUGACAAAAAUAGGCUUUUUAAUAGUCAAUGAUCAAAUUAUUACUGCAUCAGUCAGUGUAAGUCCAUUUCACAACAGAUUGGUAGCUAGCUUUUUCAGUGUUAAUUGGUAAAUAAUAAUCAAAGGGCACUGCUGGCAUCAGGGAUGGUGCUCUGUUUGUUUAGAGAUUAGCUGGGCUUUCAGGGCUCAGCAGUUGGCUGAAUGUCAUUUGACCACAUUUCACAACUUUUGUUAAAGAUUACAUUUUUCAUAUCGUCAUAAGUCACUAUUGCACACUAUGGUUGUAGUGGGAGGUAGGCUGUGUUUGUCAGAUGUAUAUUGCAUUACAUGGCUAAGCAUUGCAAUGCACAAUGCCAUGGCAUAGUUUAGGUGGCGAAUGGGAUUUCAAUAUUCUUAUUGUGUGAUAAUGCUUCUAAGUGCAGUAGUUUUUAAUAAUAUGGGCCUAAAUUCUGAUAAUUAUUGCUCUAACGUCCUAGCCCAGAUCAAGCUCUUUAUUUGGUAGGUGCGGUUAAUAUCAGGUGGAAAGCUGAUCCUUAAAAAGCACUUUUUGUCGACAGUAAUUUUGCUCCAUUACCCCUCUGCUUGCUGACUUGCUAUUUCAGCAGUGAGUUGCCGUCCUUGUAUCCUGUUAUCUUUUAGUUUUUACACAUGAACACACAAAACUAUAAUUACAGUAUUGCAAGGAGCUAGCAGGCUCACUGUUUAGAGAGAAAUGUCCCGAAAAGCCCAGAGGUCCAGGUGGGUGUGGACAAGAGAAUUUCCUCUUCAUUUAAUGUAGCACCACCAUUUACUAUGCCUGUUUGUUAUUUUUCGGUUGUUUGCUGCAUCUUUUUUUUAUCACAUUACCAUCCCCUUGCCUUUGGCAGAACUUGGUUCUGUGAUUUUCUUUUCAUAUUGGUAUUGUGCAGUUUUGCAUGUAUUUCCAUAUUGUGUAAUGUUAGGUCACCAAUGCAGUCUUUUCUCCACUGAAUGCUCACUACAUUAGCUCAUUGUUUCACCAGAUACUGUUUCAAACUGUUCCGUUUACAACCAAAAGGACCCUUCUGUGAUUCACUGUCUCCAUGUCUUGUUGCUGAUCAGUGACAGGCCCUUCCCUUUUUGUUUUAUUUUUGUAUUUCUCCAUCAACAGAACAUAUGCUUGACAGUGUUGUCCAAAGUCAGCCACAAUCUAUUUUCCUCUGUCUUGGAUAAGUCUGGGAUAUUUAUCUUAUGCUCUGUGUGGUAAUGCACUCUGCACAUUUGCAGAACCAUAUCUGUAAAGUCUUAACCCUGCUCUUAUUGAAUCUGUCCCUCUGUCCCCCUACUGAUUUUAGAAUGGGGAAUCGACACUGAACAAAGUUAUAAAUGCAACCAUUUUUUAUUUUACUGAGUUACUGUUCAUAUAAGGAAAUCAGUCAAUUUAAAUAAAUUCAUUAGGCCUUAAUCUAUGGAUUUCACAUGACUGGUAAUACAGAUAUGCAUCUGUUGGUCACAGAUACCUUUAAAAAAAAAAAAGGGUAGGGACGUGAAUCAGAACCAAUCCGUGUCUGGUGUGACCACCGUUUUGCCUUGUGUAGUGUGACAAAUCUCCUUAGCAUAGAGUUGAUCAGGCUGUUGAUUGUGGCAUAUGGAAUUUUUUCCCACUCUUCUUCAGUGGCUGUGCGAAGUUGCUGGUAAUUGUCGGGAACUGGAACACGCUGUCGUACACGUCGAUCCAGAGUAUCCCAAACAUGCUCAAUGGUUGACAUGUCUGGUGAGGUAAUGGAAGAACUGGGACAUUUUCAGCUUCUAAGAAUUAUGUACAGCACCACAAUGGGCCUCAGUAUUUAAGCAUGUUAUCUCUGUGCAUUCAAAUUGCCAUUGAUAAAAUGCAAUUGUGUUUGUUGUCCUUAGCUUGUCUGCCAAUACCCCACCCCCACCCUGGUACACUGUUCACAACGUUGAUAUCAGCAAACCGCUGUCCCGCACGACACCAUGCACGCAGUCUGCAAUCUGCCCGGUACAGUUGAAACCGGGAUUCAUCCGCGAAGAGCACACUACUCCAGCGUGCCAAUGGUCAUCGAAGUUAAGUAUUUGCCCACUGAAGUCGGUUACGACGCUGAACUGCAGUCAGGUCAAGACCCUGGUGAUGACCACAAGCACGCACAUGAGCUUCCCUGGGACAGUUUCUGCAGAAAUGUUUUGCUUUUGCACACCCACAGUUUCAUCAGCUAAUCCUGGUGGCUGGUCUCAGGCGAUCCCGCAGGUGAAGAUGCCGGCUGUAGAUGUCCUGGGCUGGCGUGGUUACAUGUGGUCUGCGGUUGUGAGGCCGGUUGGAUAUACUACCAAAUUCUCUAAAAGGACGGAGGCGGCUUAUGAUAGAGAAUUAACAUUGAAUUCUCUGACAACGGCUCUAAUGGACAUUCCUGCAGUCAGUAUGCCAGUUGCAUGGUCCAUCAACUUGAGACGUGGCAUUGUUGUUACACAGCUCUACAUUUUAGUGGCUUUUUAUUGUUCACAGCACAAGGUGCACCUGUGUAAUAAUCAUGCUGUUUGAUCAGCUUUUUGAUAUGCCACACCUGUCAGGUGGAUGGAUUAUCUUGGCCAAGGAGAAAUGCUCACCAACAGGGAUGUAAACAAAUUUGUGCACAUUUUGUUUUUUGAAAAAAGCUUUUUGUGCUUAUGGGAAAUUUCUGGGGUCCAACACUUUACAUGUUGCAUUUAUAUUUUUGUUCAGUAUACCUUACCAUGUAAAAAUAUGGUCCUUUUUAAUAGGUUAUUGAGCCAGGAGUCAAAUCAAAGAUUUCCCAGUAGAUAAUUCUCCAAAGGUAUGUCUAUACAUUUGGCCCGACAAGAGGCAUGAUGAGUUUUCUAGAUAAUACAUUUUUUUCCAAUUCCUUGCUAUUUCCAACAGAUGGUCUUGUUACAACACAAUGCAGUUGAAUCCCACAUAGGAUGUUGCCAGAUAUGAUAGUCAUAUCAUGAAAGAAAUGUAUGAAGCCAUAAGUACUAACAUUGAGAUUUGUUUGUUUCAUUGUCAUUUUAAGAUGCCAACCAUACAAAUCCUAUAAAUAUUUUAAAGAAAAAUAAGCUUUUGAAUCUUGAUCUGUGCCUUGCCAUACAAACGAUCACUAGCUGUAUAUCCCUGUGGAUAUAAAGGAUCUGACACUUACAGUAGACAUUUGUUUUGGAUAUGCCUUCAAUGGAAAGAAUAAAAGGAUUGAGGACAAAGUAUUGAUAAAGUACUGUUGAUUUUCUUCAUUUUUAAUUUGGAUUUUAAAAAUAAAUAAAAAAUUGUAAUAGUUUAUGCAAAAAUGAAAUGUCUACAAGGGAAUAGGCACGGAGAAUCAUGUCUGAGAUACAUGCCCAUGUUUCGCCCUUAAGUUAGCAGGGUAAUGGGCACCUCGUUUUUAGUCAGCCAUACCAUUUCCUUGUCAUCAGACCCUUUUUGAUACUUGUAUUCAUUUUAUAAUGUGAUGGAUUGUGUUUUUAUUAUAUCGUGACUUGCAUGGCAUCUAAUCACAGUCUUGAGCUGUUCUGUUCCUCUCUCCAGAGGCUGUUUUGUAUGUAUACUGUAUCCUUUCUGUUAGCACUGAGGACAAUCUAAGAUCUCCUUCAGUCUCAGAGAAGGGAGAGUACAGCUAGACUCUUCCGUCUCAAGAUUAAUUUUGUUACAUCUGGCCAGGGGGACAGCUUGUUGAGAAUGAGCAGGUUUUAAAAAAUAAAUCAAAAAAAUGUGUCAAAGUGCAAACGUGCUCGGUUAUAGCUGUAUUGCACAUCACUCAAACGUGCUCGGUUAUAGCUGUAUUGCACAUCACUCAAACGUGCUCGGUUAUAGCUGUAUUGCACAUCACUCAAACGUGCUCGGUUAUAGCUGUAUUGCACAUCACUCAAACGUGCUCGGUUUUAGCUGUAUUGCACAUCACUCACCCACAAAAUUGUUUAGAAAUGCUGAUGGCAGUUUUUGGAACUUAACAUUAGUUCUUGUUUUUGUCAUGUACUUAGAAAUAGCAUAACCUGUCUUUGAUACAUUCAUAUUCCAGAGGGAUAUAUCAUUCUAGUCUCCCCUUUUUAAGGGAUUACUUUAUCUUUAGGGACCUUCCCGCCCCCCAUAAAUGGUGCUUUUAGUCUGGUCAGGUUAUUUAUUGAUUUUUAUAUACAUAAGACAUAUAUGGGGAUGGAGGGGUAAUUUUGUUUAAAUGCUUUUAUAAACUUAAGUUACUAAUGCCACAACACUCACCAACCAACUGAACCUGACACUUGUUUGCAUUCACUCUGUUUGUUCAAAACUAUUCAUAUUAAAGGUGGGGGGAGCGAUAUUUGUGGGCCAGAAGUAAUCAAAAGGAAGUGUUUACAGGGAAGGCUGUUGGACUACUUUUUGAAUUUGCAGCUCAUUCAAUAACUUUUUUUUAACUGAUUAACUUCAGGUAGUUUAUGAACACUGAUAUAGAUUUCCAUAGCUUCUCAGCCUUUCUCCACUGUGUAAUAUACAAAAGCAAUAACACUUUUUUAAAGGGGAUAUAUUGGUAUCAAUGAGACUAAUCUACUUCUUGGGCUUUCACUUCUCAAACAAAAGCUGAAUGUGAGGGAGCUGUAGAACUAAAGUAGGUCGAGGACAAUUUGAUAUAGAUUUAUUUUUCUAUAUUUUGUGAAUCUUUGGACCGGUUAGGUGAAAAUACUCAUUAGGUGAGACUGGUAUUGCUGGUCUUUUAAGUAGGCAUCCAAAGCCUAAAACGAUCAGUGAACUGAAACGCAAAGCUGAACAUGUGAUUCCGUCAAACCCCAAUGGCACUGGUUUUAACGUUGCACCUCCAUCUGUGUCAAAUACUGAAAGGGAUUUUGGGCUGCACAGCCACAUAGUAGGAGUGGCAAUCUGUUUUCAUGCUAAAAUUUCAAGGUCUUCCCUUUCCCCUCGAGUACUGAGACUAUAGUUUUAGCGUGUCAGUGGAAGUGGUCAGUACUGCUUUAACUAAAUGUUUAGACUGACCUGUUUCAUUCUCUUUGAUGUGAAACUCCUUGGUCUCUCAUAUUCUGUGGUAUCUGGUUAAGUAUGUGGUCAUAUGGCAAAAAACUAAGUAGAACUCAGGGCUUAUACUAGUGUUAUAAAGUGGUCACUCUGGGCAUACAGCUCGUGUGUAGAAUUCAACGUGCACUUCUAUUCAGGUGGGGAAACAAAUCCUCAGUCAGUGGUUCCCAAACAUUCUGCCUCAAGGGUCUCACUGAACCCAUGUUUUCCAUUCCCACUCUGCAUGUAUGUGACGAGCUUCAAUGCUGAGGAACAGGGGAGACCUUUUUAGUUUGGCCCAUUGUCCGUCCACCUGCCUCUAGUCCGUUCUACAUACAACCCAACUGUGAACCUCAACUCUACUGUUUUGUAUAAUGAUGAAGUAAAUGAAGCUAGCUAGAGCUGAUGCUUUAACUUUUAACUUGCCAUUUCUGAAUUUAUUUUAUAGCAUGAAAAAUAUAUUUAUUCAAAUUAUACUUUACUCAUAAUCAUUCUGUGCUGCUUUAUUUUGGUUCAUAAGCUUGUAAAUUGCUUUUUUAUGAAAUGUCAAUAGAAAAUGUGUUUUUAUUUGUAAAAUAAAGAUGCUCAUUUGGCA